CUUGAGGUAUAUUAUGAAAGCAGUUGUUCGUUGAUAAGUACUGCGUAAAAGGGCAAUUAAAUGUCACAGCCUUAGGUUUGGGUAUUGAGAUUAAUCUAGGUAUUAGUUGGGGUGCAUAGGGUAAGAUUUCGUGUAUUUGACCAUAACGAGUAAUGUUUCAAGUGAAUUGGUUUUUUUUAAUAAAUAUCCAAUUUCUUUUCGAUUUAAAAUGCUGGGAAUGAAAACCCGACUCGUUCAGUGUUCUUCAUUCGUCGAAUCCAAGGUGACAGAUUCAGAGCUGUGGCGUUUCCUAUCCUUCAUCUUGGUGGCGCCACAUUUGUUGGAUACACUGAUUAGUUAAAACAGCUGCCUAGCGGCACGAGGUGUGAUUUCACGUUGUUGAAGUGACAUUUGUUGUUUGGUGAGAAGAUUAUGGCUAUGAAAGGUAGCAAAUGCGCCGUUCCAGGUUGUUCGAAUUAUAAAUUACAAAAGGAUAAAUCAUUUUAUAGAUUUCCCAAGGAUAAGGAGGUAUGUAAGCAGUGGGUAAUUUUAACUCAGAAACCCGGUUUAGCCGAAGUGUUCAAAAGCCGAGGGUCAGAAUAUGUUUAUCGAACGUACACUGUAUGCUCGGACCAUUUUCAGGAAAAAGAUUUCCGGAACAAGAUAUGGUUAAGCCAAGGUCUUUGGCGUGGUGCGAUACCUUCACGGUUGUUACCCAAACCUAAACAAACUGUACCAGACAGUGGAAGAAAUGGGGAAGUGGCGACAGUGUUAAGUGAUACGAACAGUGUACAAAAUGAUUCAGCCUCAAAUCAAAUGGCGAGGGGAUUCUCUGCAGAACGGGAGUCAACAGAAAUAUACUUAGCAGAAAAUCAGUAUUGUUUUCAGAGUUGUACGCCAGAACCUCGCCAGCCACGUGAGAGUAUAACUGUGAAGGUGGAACAGGAGCCUGAAUAUGGAGGGAACUCCUCUGAUAAGCACAGACCACAGGGCUUCAAAGGAGAAAAGUUGAAGUCUUUAAAGGCUACACACAAUUCUACAGAGGUACUUCAUUCAGGACCUCCACAUGAAGAAGGAACUGAAUACAUAGAAGUUAAGGGCGAGCCGCUCGAUGAGGAGAGAAGCUACUGA